UCCUAACGUUCAUUUCUGUAUUAUUUGUUUUUAGUUUGUUUUGGUUUUUGAUUUUUUCUUUGGUCAAUUCAAAAUAAAUUAUUUACUUUUUUAACACAACAAUUAAAUACUAAGAAAGGGCCAAGUGUAACAAGAUUUGUUUGAUAUGGAAAAUGAAUUACGGAAAGGAGAAAAAGAUUCAAUGGAAAGCACACGUAGACAUGAUUCAACUACAAUAUCUUUGAAAGCGCUAAUCGUAUUUUUCGCAGCUUCUAUACUUUCUUCAGUUAUCAUAGACUUUCUGCCAAUACAACAAAAUCCCUGGAAAUGGGAUACCACAAAUACGAGCGCGCCCCAAUAUUGCACAGAGGAGAAAACGUACGCCAUAUAUGCCAGAAGCAAGAGUGAGGAUCACUUGAUACACGUUGUUAAUGUUUUGGAGAAAUUGGGUUACACUCGUGUUAGUUUGGAGAAAAACUGGCAACUGUUAUGGGCACAUGACUAUCCAUUUUUAAAGAUGAAGGAACGUAUGAAACGUUUAGAAAACUAUCAAAUUGUGAAUCAUUUCCCGGGAUGUGGAUUUCUAACAAAUAAGGUAGACUUAUCGACGUCUGCACUGCUAUUUCUUCCGCGUGCCUUUCGUCUCCCAUCACAAAAAGAUGAAUUUCUGGAAUAUACCCGACUAAACCCAUCAGCUCUUUUUGUUGAAAAACAUAAUGAACAUCGUCACAUUGUUAUACGUUCGCCAGAGGAAAUCAAUCUAAACUCCACUACAUCCUUUGUCCAGGAGUAUAUCCAAAACCCAUAUUUAGUUGAUGGGUAUAAAUUCGAUAUGGGCGUCUAUGUCGUUAUCACAUCCGUCAAUCCAUUGAGGAUCUACAUGUACAGUGGGGAUGUUUUAUUUCGAUAUUGUCCAGUUAAAUAUCAUCCAUUUGAUGCUUCCAAUAUUGAUAAAUACAUUGUUGGUGACGAUUAUUUGCCAACAUGGCAAGUGCCUUCUCUGAUCAAAUAUUAUUCGCAAUUCGGCGGCAGCAUGAGAAGUGCAUUCGAUGCUUAUGUGAGGGAUCAGCAGAUGGAUCCAACAGGGAUUUGGGUGCAAGUCGAAGAUAUAAUACGCCGUACAAUUUUAGAAAAAGAACGAGACAUUGUGAAUAUUCUUCGGUCGUAUAAAACGCGCAAUUUUUUCGAUUUGAUGCGUUUUGAUCUUAUUGUUGAUAAAAAUUUGAAAGUCUAUUUGAUGGAAGCAAACAUGUCUCCAAAUCUUUCAUCAGCGCACUUCAAGCCAAAUUCAGUUCUUUAUGAACAAAUACUGUACAACGUUUUGAAUUUGGUUGGUAUUGGAACACCAAUUAAAAUGCCGGAUGAUUGCAGAUUAAAUGCUGUUAAUGAAAUUAUAGCAACAGAUCAGAGCCUGUCGACGAACCUCAAUAAAUGUGCAUCACUAGCCUGCCAUAGGUCUUGCAACAAACAAGGAUGUGAUCUGUGUUUGCCUUGCCUUACAGGAAGUGAGUAUGAUAUGUUAUAUAGAGCACACAUGGAACACCUUCAUAGGGGUAACAUGAGACGUCUGUUCCCCCCGUCAUUUAUUAGAGCUGAUACAGUAAAUAUCAACGCAGAAAUACAAAAUAUGACAAAACUCAAUGCUUGGAUGACACGAUGGUUCUUCUACAAGUGCCUUUACGAUGCCAGCUGGUGUCAUUAGAAUAAUACGUUGCAUUAAGAUAACACGAGGUUGACCUUUGUGGAAUGUAACGUUUUAAUGGGACUUUGAUGUAAUCGUUACUUUUUGACAAUAACUGGAAUCUCUUUAAAAUGAGUAUUGUACAUUGUUUUCAUUCUAAACCUUUCACAGAUAUUAUUACGCGAGUGAGAUAUUAUUUAUUUUUAAUUGGCAAAUCAAAGAACAACAUUCCUCAUUAAUUGUUAAUAAGUAUAUUAUGUACAUAUAUUAUUAAAGCUGAUUUUUUCAUUAACUCGCCUUUACACGCCCUUGAAUAAAUUAAAUAACAACCAAGUUCUGAGACCAGAUCCUGUUGCGACUCUUCUGUCGUAUAUGCUUCUUUAAAAUUCUGAAACAAAGAUUGUUUUUACUUCAAUAUAAUUCAAGUUCCUUUAUAACUCACCUUAGUUUCACAAUAUUUCGUAACGCAACGCAGAACUUCAAUUCUUACAAUGAUUUAAGGAAUAUAAUAAAAAAUUGAGUGUGAACAUUGAAUUGAAAUAGGAUGGCUGAUUUAGUACAACAACUAUUUUACUCAAGCUUAUGUGUCGUAUUAAAUACUAUGCAUUUCGAUUAGAUUCCUCUAUAUCGAAGAUCCUGCCAACGCGAAACUGACCAAAGACCUAUGUUUGGCCUUUAUUAACUUUUAUCCAAUCUUACGGUGGAGUUGUCCACUUUACUAAAAUUGGAGAGAAGUAUUCGAUUUAAGUUUCAAGAGUAUUCAAUUUAAGUUUCAACAGUAUUCGAUUUAAGUGUCAACGUAACCGUUCAGGUCCUCACUUUGUCGCCGUCUGUGGGAACAAAAGCCGUAUAGUUAUUGCGAGUUAACCGGAGACCUUAUUAUUGAAUAAGUAUGGCUCCUAAACUAAGGCGAUGUAGAUUUUAGAACUCAAGUGAUGUAGAUCAAUCUGCACUUAUAGAGGGAAUCGAAUGGCAAUCCUUCGCAAACAAUACUCUCUAUCGACUUUUUUUUGGAAGGCCCUUUCAUCUUUAUCGAUGGCUUCCUUUAUGAGGAUCUUCCUCAAACCACCACUCCGCUACCGUAUCAUAUGAAACCCACUGUUGAACUGCCUGCGUCGUUAACUUUUUCUUCGUCUAAGGUUGCUGUCUCUUAGCUGACCGCAUGAUAUCCACUACUGAAUUAAUCUCGAUAAAAUAAAAACAAAAAUAAUUGAGUAAAAACGACUCAUUUGAAAUCAAAUUUUAUUUUACCAAAUUAAUGAAAUAAUUAACAAUAUAAAUAAUGA